AUGGAGAAUGUGACUCAGGUUAUUCCUACGUGGAAUGGUAGUGCUGCGACAUGGGAGCGGUACCAACAAAAUGUGAUGAACUACGUGGACGGCACAAAGUGGGAGGACAGGUACCUGUGCGGCCCCAGGUUGGUGGCACGCCUGUCCGGACCUGCAGCGACGGCGUGCAUCGGUCGGCCGAGAGGCUGGCUCUCGUCCAUGUGGGGUGCUGACAAGCUGCUGGAGCAUCUCCAGCAGACGGUCAUGAGGCAGCCUGUCGAAGACGUUGGCCACUACAUGGAAGAGUAUUUCGUGAAGCUCCGCCGCCGGCGCGGCGAAGGUAUGGCCGAAUACUGCCUGCGGGUACAUGAGAGCUACCAACGAUUGCGGGUGGCCCUCUCCCGGAUGAUCGGGAAGACGGAGAUCGUGAAGACACCAGCUACGACAGCGACGACCUUUGACAAGUGGCCAGUGGACGCGGGGUCAGGUUCGUGGCAUCGGAUUGGCGGCGGUGAAGAGGGCACCGUUGUAGAUGCUGAACCUGACGAGGUCCGAGACUGGGAGGUCGAGGGAGGAGCUGACGGACAAGACUGGUGGCGGCAACACCGAUGGUGGCAGGGCGGCUGGAAGGACGAUCACUGGCCACAGCGUGGUUUCGACCGUGAGAGCCAGGGGACGUUCCCAACGCAGGACCUGCCGGAAGUUCUCCCGAGCAUCGUCCGGGGAUGGUAUCUACUUCACAGAGCGGGCCUGGACGGCGGAGAGAUCGCGGCGGUCAUCGGAUCGUGCAGGGGUGAUUUCACAGUGGACAACGUGGAGAGUGCGUUACGUACGCAGUGGCCCAGCGACGAGAACCUGAAGGACCGGGACUAUAGGAAGUCAAAGUUCAUCCGCCAGCAGGUGGCGGCCGCGGCUUUCUACGGCGAGGACGCUCAGACCUGGAACGGAGAGGGAGAGAAGUUCAACGGCCUGGUCCUGACAGCAGAGAUCACCGACGAGGAUCACGUUGACCUGAACAACAGUGUGGACCUAGAUGACCCGGAGAUCAAGAUGGCCUACAUCGUGUCGAGGACGACGGAGAUGGGCCACGGAAUCAUGGACUCCGGAGCUACGAAGACCAUCGGCGGCAUCGAGGCAGUGGAGGCUUUGAAUGAGCUCCUCAUUGCCAGGGGUCACCCGCCGAUGGAGGUGGACUUGACCGACCGCCCGGUGUACAAGUUCGGGAAUGGCGAGGUGAAGCGGGUCCUCUGCCGAGUCAAGUUCAAGUUGCAGGUCAAAGGAGUGUAUGUGUCUUUCCUGGUUCAUGCGGUCGACGCUCCGGGGAUUCCCAUUUUGGUGUCCAUCGAGACGCUGAGGCAGCUCGGAGCCGUGAUUGACUUCGAGGCCGGCAUCGGCGUCUUCAAGAGCAUCGACCCGCACAGGAUGAUUUCCUUCCAGAGGUCCAGGACUGGCCACCUCCUGAUCGACUUGACGUGCGAUCUCCUGGGCGACGUCGGGGUCACCGACAGGCCGGGGGAUUGCAUCUUGAGCCGCGGCGUGGCAUCGCUUUCUAGCCAGGAGCUCUGCGGGAACCCGGCCUACUACCUCCUGUUCGAGACGGGCAACUCUCGGGACCUCACAGAGUGGUUCGAGAUCUAG